ACAGUUGCUAAAUUUGAGUUGAGCUGCACGUAAUUUGAAAUGCAAUGUAAAAUAUGUUUCGUUUAUAAAUAAAGGCGAAACCAAUGGGAGGGAAAACGAAGAUAUUUCCGUAUCCAGUAUACGCGCUAUCUUAUGGCGAUGGUUAUAUCGUUGCAUCUGGAGGAGGUGGUGGUGACGACUAUGGCAUAUCAGACAGAAUUGAAGUUUACACAUUUGGUAAUAAUCCAAAAUCUAAUGAUCUACAUCUAAAGUCAACUACGACCGAACAGAACGGUGUAUUGGAUUCUAUCGAUUUUCUCCCAAAGCAUAAGCUUUGGAUUGGUUCCCUGGAUGACUCUACCCUCUUAUUCUCAUAUAAUCCUAAAAGAGGAUUUCGUAUUCUGGCAAAAUUUAAAACAGAUCAAUCCAAGAAGGAUCCAAAACUGACUGCUUGUCGAUUUGGAGGAAAUAGGGAUAUGUUUGUUACCUGCGGAAAUGAUGGAUGCGUGAGAGUGUGGAAGUUGACUGACAAACUUCUGAAGCAAAUCAGGUCAUUUCACGAUCAAUCACAUUCAGAUGAUGGUGAAUCGACACCCCAGUAUCCUCCAACUGAAAUAUCUUCGCCUUGUCCUAUAGGUGGGAUUGGAGAUUUAACUGUUGAACCUUCACCAAUAGACCCUCUAUCUCUAGAGGAUUCACUCUCAGACACAGUUCCAUCUGUGGGUAAUUUUGGAGAUCCAAAUUCAGCAGAUUUUGAGGAUAUACAGUAUAUUGACAGACCACCCGCAGACCAGGACGGAGCUGUAGAAGGGACAUCAAAGGCUAGGGAAAGAAAAAAGAACAUGAAUAAGUACCAAACUGAAGGAUCGGACAUGGUGAAAUUGGUGUUGAAACACAAUGAUCAUAAAAAACUGGUGAAUGACUCAUGCAUAAGUGGAGAUUCCAAACUCUUGGUAUCUGUGUCUGCAAACCAUAUUAUUGCAUAUAAUAUGAAUCCCGCGAGAUUCGUCUGUGAGGAAAUGAGAGACUGGAAUUUUAAGUUCUGUCGUUUUAUAGAUACUAGGUCAUGUGAUGGAAAAUACACACUCCUAACGUGCGAAUGGACUAACAAGAAACCAAUGAGAACUACAGCAUCUUUGUGGUUCAUUGACACAGAUCAUGAAAAAUUUAUCCUACUAAAACAUGUAAAAGUAGGAGAGGUUAAAUGCAGUGCUCUUGCCCUAAGUGGCGGCGAUUCGUGCUUUGCUCUUGGAUUUGGAACCGGUUUGGUUUCCAUAUACAGAGCUCCUAGUAUGUCUCUAAUAAGGUCUGAAACUAGACACAUGUUCCCAGUGACAGAUUUGGCAUUCACGAGCACAAAACUAAUAUCAAGCGGCGCAGAUUUUUAUGUUGUCACGGGUGAUAUAUACAAGAGUCAGGUUCUAAAGUAUAUUACAAUGUCGAUGCCUAUAGCAAUUUUUAUUUCCGUUGCAAUAAAGCUUUGCUUUUCAGUAAAAAUAGAAAGAUUCAAAGAAUUGAUUUGGUCCUGCUAA